GGUCAGCUGCGCACGCUCGAGGCGGUCGCACGCAAAUGCCAGACGGAGCUCCCGCGGACUUGGUACCGUACCGAGCUCAUAGACACCUGGGUAACCAGCAGGCUGCAAGGGCUGGCCCAGAAUGAAGCCAACCUCGUCCGCGCCCUUACGCGGCUCAAUCAAAUGGUGCCGCUCGAGCCUUCCAACGGACAAGUCUACGUAGCGGCGCUCCAGGAAGCGAAAUCCUCCUCGUUUGGGCGCGGGCAAUGCUCGGCGACGGCUUCAGCACAGUGUGGCGAUACUAUGAGGAGGAUUACCCCGCGCCUCCCGACGCAGCCAUCCCGCCCGCCGUCGCCGAGCCAGCAGAACAAGUCCCGCCAGAGCCCGCUUCCGGAUCCUCCAGCGUCCGCGUCGCCCGCCCAGCCCCCUCAUUCGCCGCGUCCCCUCCCUUGAAUGACGUCCUGGCAUUGCGCGGAGGUCCCGAGCCGUCGUCAUCCGCGCCUGUCGCCCCUUCCACGCGUGCCGCCCGCCCGCGUCCACGCCCCGCGUACGUGCGCAUUCUCCUCGAGCCCCUGACUCAUUCCCCCAAAACCCGGUUCGCGGAAGUAUGGCGCGCAGACCAGCCGUGUGAGAUGUGUGCGGAAGAGGGCCGCCGGUGCCUCUGGGACGGGUGUGGGCAUAGCUGCAAGCGAUGCCACGUGCUACAUAGUAAUUGCACGCUCGGGUUCCGUAAUGACCCCCCGUCUCCUCACCGGUGCUAUUCCCCGGAUCCCUAUAUUGAUGGGGUGGCCAUUGUAUGGUCCGCAUGCCUCAACUCGUGGAGCGUUACCGGCAGACUUGAAUCCUGCACUGCACGCUUCGACACGCCGACAGACAGAGUCACUGCCUGCACGCUGGCAGAAGCGCACCAUGACUGCACAUGUCUCAGAUGCGCCGACAGGGAAGUGUGCCCGCAUGAUGCUGCCGCCCGUUCGUCUGCGGAAGAGCAAGAGUGGAUGGGUCAAGUAAUCACAGGAAGAACAAGGCCUGUCUUUUGCUAGGACCUGAGUACACCUAUUUCUCGCUUUUCACACUGCAUUGUGGUGAUGGCUACCAUUACAUAUUUUACUCAUCAUGAAUCUCGUCACUUUUGAGCAUGGCGUUGAGCAGUGUAUAGACAUCAACAGUUUGUGCAACGAACUGUAGCUGCGUAGCCACACGCUCCGCAUUCAAUAAUACUAACACAUCGGACUGCACAAAUGGUCUCUCCAGGCUUCUUGUAAUCGAU